CAUUGAAUAUCCUAGUUUUCCACGGCCAGCCAGCGGCUGAUGCUGCAGGAAGAUGCUUGGCAGUCCAUUUUGUCAGCUUCUCCUUCAUCCCCCCCCUCCUCAAAAUCCACAACUACACUUCCCGUUUCGCUUUCGCUUCCCCAAAUAUAUAAUCCAAAUUGAAAGCCCCACAAUGCUCGCAAUCUGAAUUCCCUCACUCUCACAUUCAUCGCCAAUUCCAGACACACGCCUCUGAAACUCCCACAACCACCACAACUUCCACCCUUUUCGUGCAGGCCCUUCUUCACUUUUUCGCUCUCCAGGCUUCCCGCCACCAAAUUCUCUUCAUCUGAGAGCGAGUGAAGGCUGUGGAAAUGGCGACGGGAGCUGUGCCGGCAUCGUUUACUGGUCUCAAGACUGGGGACACAAGUUUGGGGUUUGCUAAGAACAUGGACUUUGUGAGGAUCUCUGAUGUCAGGAGGAUCAAGUCUGGUAGGAGAAAGAUCUCCAUGAUCAAAAACUCUACUGUUGAGCUUCAGCCUGCAUCCGAGGGCAGCCCUUUGCUUGUUCCGAGGCGAAAAUACUGUGAAUCAGUAAACAAGACUGUUAGGAGGAAAACCAGCACAGUGAUGGUUGGAAAUGUGCCGCUUGGAAGUGAUCAUCCUAUUAGGAUUCAGACCAUGACAACUACUGAUACUAAGGAUGUUGCUGCAACUGUUGAACAGGUGAUGAAAAUUGCUGAUCAAGGGGCUGACAUUGUUAGAAUAACAGUUCAAGGGAAGAGAGAAGCAGAUGCCUGCUUUGAUAUUAAGAACACUCUUGUGCAGAAGAAUUACAAUAUACCUCUAGUGGCAGAUAUUCAUUUUGCUCCCUCUGUUGCAUUGCGCAUAGCUGAAUGUUUUGAUAAGAUUCGUGUGAACCCUGGAAACUUUGCUGAUAGGCGUGCUCAGUUUGAGCAGCUGGAGUACACAGAGGAUGAUUAUCAGAAAGAACUUGAGCACAUUGAGCAGACAUUCAUAAGCAUUAAUUCGCUCAUGAUUAUGUUAUCACUCUGGGCUUCUCUGCAUCAGGUUUUUACUCCAUUGGUGGAGAAAUGUAAGAAAUAUGGUAGGGCAAUGCGUAUCGGGACAAAUCACGGAAGUCUUUCUGAUCGUAUAAUGAGCUACUAUGGUGAUUCCCCACAGGGAAUGGUAGAAUCUGCAUUUGAGUUUGCAAGGAUAUGCAGAAAAUUGGACUUCCAUAACUUUGUUUUCUCAAUGAAAGCAAGCAACCCAGUUAUCAUGGUCCAGGCAUACCGUCGUCUUGUUGCUGAAAUGAAUGCCCUGGGUUGGGAUUAUCCUUUGCAUUUGGGUGUCACUGAAGCAGGAGAAGGCGAGGAUGGAAGGAUGAAGUCCGCUAUUGGAAUUGGGACUCUUCUUCAGGAUGGUUUGGGCGAUACGAUUAGAGUUUCACUUACAGAAGCACCAGAGAAGGAGAUAGAUCCUUGCAAAAGGUUGGCCAACCUCGGUAUGAAGGCUGCAGAAAUUCAGCAAGGAGUGGAACCAUUCGAGGAAAAACAUAGGAGAUACUUUGAAUUCCAGCGCCGAACUGGUCAAUUGCCAGUACAGAAGGAGGGCGAGGAAGUUGAUUACAGAGGUGCCCUGCAUCGUGAUGGGUCUGUUUUAAUGUCUGUUUCCCUUGACCAGUUAAAGGUACCUGAACUCCUUUACAAGUCGCUUGCCGCAAAGCUAAUAGUUGGAAUGCCUUUCAAGGAUCUUGCCACAGUUGACUCGAUCUUGUUGAGAGAACUUCCUCCAGUGGAUGAUGUUGAUGCUCGCCUGGCUCUCAAAAGGUUGAUAGAUAUCAGCAUGGGUGUAAUUACCCCAUUGUCUGAGCAGCUGACAAAGCCGCUACCCAAUGCAAUGGUGCUUGUCAAUCUUAAGGAGUUGGCUACUGGCGCUUACAAGCUUUUGCCUGGAGGCACUAGAUUGGUCAUCUCGGUUCGUGGUGAUGAGUCUUAUGACGAAUUGGAAAUCUUAAAGGAAGUUGACGCCACAAUGAUCCUCCAUGGUCUACCAUACGGAGAGGAUAGAGUCGGCAGGGUCCAGGCAGCUAGAAGGUUAUUUGAGUACCUACAAGAAAAUGCUCUAGAUUUCCCUGUUAUUCACCAUAUCCAAUUUCCAUCUGGGGUUCACAGAGAUGACUUGGUAAUCCAUGCCGGAGCAAAUGCUGGAGCUCUUCUGGUAGAUGGUUUAGGAGAUGGUAUCCUUGUCGAAGCAGCAGACCAGGACUUUGAUUUCCUGAGGAACACUUCUUUCAACUUACUACAAGGUUGCAGAAUGAGGAACACAAAAACUGAGUACGUUUCAUGCCCAUCCUGUGGUAGAACAUUGUUUGAUCUUCAAGAAAUAAGUGCAGAGAUCCGCGAGAAGACUUCACACUUACCUGGUGUCUCGAUUGCAAUCAUGGGUUGCAUUGUGAAUGGACCUGGAGAGAUGGCUGAUGCAGAUUUCGGAUACGUUGGUGGUGCUCCUGGAAAGAUUGACCUUUAUGUUGGCAAGGAUGUGGUGAGAAGAGCGAUACAGAUGGAGCAUGCCACCGAUGCUUUGAUCGAUCUGAUCAAAGAACACGGACGAUGGGUGGAUCCUGCCAAGGAAGAGUAAAGAUAAAAGAAACUACUGCAGUUGGUUAGGGAGAUGGGUGGGCGAAGAAUAAAACAGCAAUGAUCAAGAGAUGGAGGGGAAGAAGAGCUUUUUCAUCCUUAUUUUAGGCUCUUACAGUUGUAGUGUAGAUGUAAAUGUAAGGGCUACACAGAUCAUUUUAAUGUGUCUCUUAUCUGUGUGACCUGUGGUGGGAAAUGAGAAUGGAUUUAUGAGAAAGGAGAGAGCUUUUCCUGGACAAUGUAAGAAAGCUUUCUUCUUUGAAUUCCUGUUGUAAUCUUAACUUCAUUUUUAGUAUUACACAUUUCAUAUAAUUUGACCCUCAAAAGGUAUGAAGUAAGGAAAGAAAGUUUCUGCAUUCUUGCCUUCUCUAUUGGUCAAAGUUGAUGGUGUAUCCAAUGUAAAAUUAAUUUGUAUCAAUCAAUAUUAAAAAGAUAAAUGCAAAUCAGCACCUG